CAGUUGCUGUUGGACCGUCGCACGUAACGCACGCUGCAGCGGAACUACUGAGUUUUGGUUCGGAUCGGAAUUCGCAUCGAGUUUGGGCUUCGGUUUCGGCUGCUGUCGGAUUUAUCGGUCGUUUUGGUCCGCUUGAUCGGUUGGCCAACUGCAAACUCGGCGGCCUGCAUUCGGCAGUUGUGAUUGAUGGACUGCAGUUGCUCCGCAAACUCUGACCUCUGACCCCGGACAAUCAUCAGGUUCUGUGACUUGAAGGGCACUUUUUACGAGGGUCUCGCUGACCGAUACCAAAAAACGACCAUCAACGGAGAAUAUAUCAAAUAAAAAGUCCAAUUUCGGUUUCUUUUUGUUGCCGGGUUUUCGAUUUAGCAUUUCGCAUUUCUCGAGCUUGUCGACGUCGUGUGCGCGGUCUUCAUAAAUUAUACAAGAGCGCAUUUUGCGAACGACUUGCAAAUAAAUAAGCAUUUACGCUUUUAUUAUUGCCCGGCGUGUGUGUGUUCGUUGUUGGUGAGUGUGUGUGUUUUUGGAGCGGGAGCGGGAGCCGCAGUUCUUCGGAAAAAGCUCCCAUGUGGCGCAAGCCGGAGGAAUAAAAUAAAACCGAACCGAGCGUUCCCCUACUUAAAAUAUCAUCUUUGCAUACAAUCAACAUCUAGCCAUAAAAGUGUCUUCGUCCUAUGAGCAUUCCGGUAUCCGCUCUGAUUUGUGUGUGCUGAUAAGCCAGUGAUUGCCCCAAAACGCGCUCCUCGCAGACCCCAUAUAAAGAUAUCUCAAGCAGAAAAUGCUUAGCUGUCUCGGAGACACCACGGCGUAUACUUAAUCUUGUCAACGGGCCAAAGCACGGCUAAGCAAACAUGAACUGCCUCUGUCGCCCAUCACGGAUUAUGUCCGUGCGCAUUAAUUUGCUGGAUGAAACCGAGUUUAUACACGAGAUCAAGGAUGAUUUGCCCGGCCAGGCUCUGCUGGAUGUCGUCUUCGCCAGGCUCAAUUUAAUCGAGACCUCAUACUUCGGCAUACGUUAUAUAGACGAGGAGAAUCAGACGCACUGGCUCGAUCCUGCGUCGCGUAUUUCUCGCCAACUCAAGCCCAAGUCGGAUCCUUAUGACUUGUAUUUCGGUGUGAAGUUCUAUGCUGCCGAUCCCUGCAAGCUGCUGGAGGAAAUAACCAGGUAUCAACUUUUCCUGCAAGUCAAACAGGAUGUUUUGCAGGGACGACUGCCUGUGGCCUUUGAGCUGGCCGCCGAGCUGGGAGCCUUUGUGGUGCAAUCCGAACUUGGUGACUAUGAUCAGCGGCGCCACUCGAAGGGCUACGUGUCCGAGUUCCGGCUGCUUCCUAACCAAAGCAACGAGCUGGAAACCCGCGUCUCCGAACUCCACCAGCAGCUGAAGGGAAUGUCGCCCUCCAGUGCGGAGCUCAACUAUCUGGACAAAGUCAAAUGGCACGAUAUGUACGGCGUGGAUUUGCAUCCCGUUCUGGGCGAGGACAGCGUGGAGUACUUCCUGGGGCUGACUCCGAGCGGGAUUGUCGUGCUGCGCAACAAGACGACGGUGGCUCAUUACUAUUGGCCGCGCAUUGCCAAAGUUUAUUAUAAAGGACGCUAUUUUAUGCUCAGGAUAAGCGAUAAAAAUAACGAGCUGAGCACCUACGGAUUCGAGACGCCUCGCAAGUCGGCCUGCAAGCACCUAUGGCGCUGCUGCGUGGAACACCAUGCCUUCUUCAGGCAGGUGCGAGUGGCCCCUCUGCCCAGUUCGCAAUCGCAUGCCGCCGAUUUGUUCCAACUGGGAUCGCGCUUCAGGCACAGUCGCCCGGACAAGCAAACGGAGAAGGAUGCACUUUCCGCCGGACGAUCGCCGCCUGCCUUCACCCGUACUCCCUCGAAGCGCCAGCCGCGCCGCGUGAUUGAUGACUUUUUUAACAGCAACGGCAACGGCAACGGCAAUGGAAAUGGAAAUGGCAAUGGCCAUGGCCAUGGAGGAAGUGGAGCGGGAACAUUAGGAGGCGGCAGCCACAUGGGCAACAGGCCGCUGCCACAGCCCGGAAUGGGCACCAUCUCCAACAACUACGACAGCCCCUAUCGCUCCACCUACAGCAUACCCACCAGCUUGGGCAUCAGACCUUGCCAUCAGCAGCAGAACAACAACUCCAGCAGCUACAACAACAACAGUGGGGGCAACCUGCAAACGCCUGACUCGCCCAGGAGCACCCGGAGUGCUCCCUGGCCCAGAUCGCAGCAGAGAUCCCUCUUCGGGCACAAUCCAUCGAGUCCGCGAUCCGUGAGAUCCGCGAGUACGGCAGGCGGUGGGCUGCACCAUCAUCACAGCCACCACAGCCACGGUCACGGUACCAGCCACCAUCCGCACCACCAAUCCUCGUCAGCGGGGGCCACCUCCUCGACCUCGCAUCACCACCGUCAGCAGCGGGCCAGCUCCUCAUCCGCCUCCCAUCAGCAGCAGAGAUACCGCUCCAGUUCUGUGGAGAGCCACUCCUCUAACGACUCGAGGUCCACGCGCAAGCAUAAGCACCGUCAUCGACGCACCUCAGAUAAUGAAAGCGAGCUUUCCAGAGGAUCAGGUCGGUCCGGAAGAUCAGGACGUUCGCAUCAUCGCAAGCACCGCCGUUCGCACCGGCAUCGAAGGGACUCAGCCGGAGGAUCCGAUCAUGACAGCACACGAGGACGCAGCUACUCUGGUCAUCGCAGCUCUUCGAUGAGAAGUGGAAGUACCGAGCUCAUAGACUCCACAUCGCAAUGGAGGGAAGUGCAACGACGCCAGGCGGAGGCCAGUUUGGGGCAGAGUUCCGUGCAACAGGCAGCGGUUUCCAAGAGCAGCAUGGUGGCCAGGAGUCUCCACAGCAACGACAGUCACUCGGACACCCAUUCGCACCACAAAUCCAGGAGGCACCGCAAAAACAAAUCCCCAUCGGAAUCACGAAGCCGCAUGUGGAACAGUGAGCUGGCGAAGCACCUACAAUUCGAUCUGGUGGACACGGAGGGCAUGUCGGAGCAGCAGUUACGGGAAAUUCCCUACACGGUGGUAGAGACCACUUCGAAGAGGUCCAACUCUAACCUAAAGAUCCACAAGAGCAACAGCAAGAGCAGUGUGGGAGCGAAGAGUACGGGCUCUGGUAACACCAUUACGAAUGGUAGUGGAUCUGGAAAUGCGGGUCAGGCCAGGAAUCGCGUCGAUCGCAUCAGGGGACUUUACUAUCAAAGCACGCAUCCACACGAGGCCAACGGAGGUCCUGGAGCUGGAGGACAUGCGCCGAAGAAUGGAUCCAUCCGCUCGGCCAGCACUAUAUCUUCAAGGGAGUGUGAACGGAAUAAUGGUCUAGUUAGAAUGAUGUCCAGCAUGAGCAUGGGUGACUUUAUCUCGCCCACUGGCUCCAAUCUGAGUCCUUUGGAAAACUCAGCUCUGCGGGUGUCCCACGAGCAUACUGACUCUGGACUGGGAGCCGAUCAGGAUUAUGCAUACUCAUCGGAAAGAUCCAGCGACAGCACUCGCUAUGGCACCAACAAAUCCUCUGGCGCCUCGAGCGGAUCGCACCGGAAGUCGGGGGGCAGUGCCGGCGGGAACUACAACAACUUGAUGCAGCAGACCGUGAGUAACCAGCAACAGCAGCAGCGCUCGCUGUUCGCGCAGCAGCAGCGGCAGCAGAAGAGCACCUACAAAUACGCCACCUCCUCGCCAUCGUCCACUAACCCAGGGAGCUCCUCGGGACUGGCGCCCGUCCACAACCCGGGCUCGAGUUCCAAUCCCAGCUCCAGUCAAAACCCCAACAGCGCUACUAACUCUAAUCAACAGUCGCCGGCUAAUCGCCUGCUCCACUACACGACCUUUGAGAACAACCAGUACAAGUUCAGUCUGAACAAUGCGCUGGCCAAGAGCUCCAAGGGCGUGGUGAGUGGAGGAGGCAGCAUUAGCAAUCUGGCCGGCAACAUGGUAACAUCUGGUGGUGUCGGUGGUCCAGGCUCUCAAGGUGGUGGUGGUGCUUUCAGCCGGCAGCGCAGCUUCGUGGAGUGGCCCAGCAAUCCGGCGUCGCCCUACUAUUACCAAGGUCCUUCCACGCACGUGGCGCAGGUGAAGCGCCGGGAUGCCAAGUCAGAUAUUGGGGUGCCCACCAGGCGGCUCUCCGGACAGAGUUUGACCAAAACGCAACUUCUGACGGGCGGCGGUAACUCGCAGUUAGCCAAUGCGGGCUGUUAUCCGUUGCACUAUGCGAGCAGCAAUGUUGCGGGCGCGGGCUACAAUCGUCCCUUAGGUCAAAGAUCAGGUGGCAACGGCUCCUCCGCCAGUGGCUUUGGCCUCCAGCCAGCCAAAUCGGACCUCUUCUUGUCCUACAUCCACGGCGGGGAGUACGAAAGACCCUACAUAUACAACUACAAGAUGCCGCAGAUGCCGGGUGGAGCCGGGGCAGGAGCAGGAGCAGGAGCUGGAACGGGAGCAGUGGGCUCCCCAAAACAACAGACCACCGCUUACCACAUUUCUGGGUCGCAGACCGCAGAUCCGCCGCCACCCCCUCCUCCACUGUACGGCGGCACGGCGCCCGCCAACGACGUCAUGUACUAUCAGUUCGACAAAGGAGCCGCCGUCGCUGCCGGACCUCCUUCCACGUCGUCGUCCUCGUCGCCGCCCAUUGUCCAGCAGCCGCGGCAAACGGGCGGUCCAUUAGUGUAUCUGCAACAUGGCCAGAAUCCAUCUGUGCCCGAGGUGCAGCAGUCAACUACGCACUCCUCGCACUCCUGCAGCGAGGAGGACGAGGCCAUGAUUGUCCUGGAGGCCCUGCAGAUGGAGGCGCAGACCACCAACGAUGAGACCGAAGACACCGAAGACGAUGAGGCCGCCGAGGCCGAGGACAUGUUUGAUGCGGAUGCUCCUUUGAUGUCCCCCACGGGCAGCCACAAUAGCUCGAAUAACAAUAACAACAGCAGCAACAACUGCAUCGCCAACAACAACAGCUGCGGCGGCGGCGGCAUUCGUCAAUCCAAUCCAUCGAGCAAUAUUAAUUUCGAUAAUUGCAAUGCGAAUGUCUACUGUGGUCAGAAGGCAAAGCAACUAGGGCCAAUUACCAGCGGCAACCAAACGUCAAAUUGUCCCACAUUGAACGCAAAUGCAAAUGCAAAUGCAAAUGCAAAUGCGAACCCGAAUCCGAAUCUGAAUCUGAACCCGAAUCCGAGUAGCCACAACACCAAUAGUCACUCCAGUAGCCAAGCGAAUGCGAAUGCGAAUCCCCCACCCAACACCACCAACAAUAUCACAGCAGCAACUUUAGUUGCAGGUGCAGCAGCAGCAGCAGCAGCAACUGGCACGGCAGCAACAUCAACUGCCACCAACCUGCAACAAAAUCAAAACAUUUCCUCCAGCUUAGAGAUAAUCCUUUCGCCAAUUAUCCAAAGUAGUCGACGAGCGCAAUUGUAAGCGAAAUGAGCACAGAGUUGUGAGAAUUAGCUAAAUUUAAUUUGCAAUAGCCAAAGCCCGCCGACCAUGCCCCUGCAGCAAGAGUAAACUGCUCCUCGAACCCGCCGCCCACUGCAUUCUGCAAACUUUGGUUGCAGCAACAGCAGCAGCAGCAGCAACAGCAGCAGCAACAGCAGCAGCAGCAACAGCAACACCAGCAACACCAAUCCCAGCAGCAGCAACUCUACGAACAGCAGCAGGCUUGGCUCUAGAAAAGAAUAAACACGCACAACGUGUAAGUGGAAAGUUAAAUGGAAACUACAUGUGCGGGUUCAACAUCAACAAAGCAGGAGCAACAAUAAACAACAUUUAAAAGCCGCUGGGGCUGAAGUUGGAGCAAAACUUUUCACCAGCACGUUGCGUUUGCAAAUUAAAUGCACAUUAUGCCGACAUGUAAAUAGAUAAUGCUGUAUAUAGGCAAGUUGGGACAGGGAAACUUAAUCGUAAAGCGAGCAGGCCCAGUAAUCUUAAGACGCGAAUAAUCAAAAAGCCAAAAAAGCAAAUGUAUCUCACAGAUAAACAACAGCAAUCGGGGGCCUGUGGGCUGCAGGAUGAAAGCAAAAAGCUGAAAGUAGCAUAAAAGCAAAAAUAAAUUGUGCGUUAAUGAUAAGCGGCGCACAUUUCAGCGGCAUAAAAUUUAUUAAAAUAUGCGCACAAGGCAGACAGCGCGGAAAACUUAGCAAUGCCGGGCCCCCAAAAGUAGGCAGCACAAACAGACCCACGCAGACACACACACACACACACACACACACAGACAGGCACAUACUGGAAAAGGACUUCUUCCGGAAAUCGUUGGCGAUAAAUAUAAAAUUUUAUUGUGCUCCGUAUCUGGCCGAAUCUGUAUGUGUGUGUUUGCGUGCGCCUGGAAGUAAAUUAAAUAUACGUUUUUAUUAACUACUAAGAACCAAUUUGAUACGCAUUUAAAUAAUGCCUCUUACACAAGAGCACACAGAAGAUUAUGUAAAAUUUAAUUUUACUGCAGCCAGCGGCAGCAACGAGAAAAGCCAAAUAAAUGUAGAAGCCUAAAUGUGUAUGUAAUUUAAAUAAAAUAUAUUCGUAGAAGAGAAAGAUACUCUAGUGUAGCCCCAACUACUUACUUACUUAUGCCAACAACGUCCAACAAUUUCAAUAAUAUUUACGUAAGCGAACACUUUCGACCAUAUACGUUAAGCCCCAUUUAGCUUAGUUUAAUCAUUUGCAACUAAUUUAAGUCCGUCCGCUGGUUGACCUUCUCGACCUCUGUGACUCCUGAAUUGUGUAAAUAUCCCUUUUGUUAACAAAUAUUACUCAACAAUUUGUGCGGUCAAACUAGAGCUAACGAGUAGGAACGAAUACGGAAUGCAUAUGAAACAUUAUCGAUAAAACACUUUAACAAUCUACUGCAUAUGGGUGUUAACUGCAAAACGAAAAGGAAAUAUAAAUAUAUACGAUUAAAUGUCUCUAACAAGAUUUUACCAUGAG